AUGUCGUCGGUGAGCCCCAUCCAGAUCCCCCGUCGCCUGCCGUUGCUGCUCACCCAUGAGGGCGUGCUGUUGCCGGGCUCCACCAUGCGCACCAGCGUGGACUCGGCCCGGAACCUGCAGCUGGUGCGGAGCCGCCUGCUCAAGGGCACGUCCCUGCAGAGCACCAUCCUUGGGGUCAUCCCCAACACGCCCGACCCGCCCAGCGACGCGCAGGACCUGCCGGCCCUGCACAGGAUUGGGACGGCUGCAUUGGCAGUUCAGGUCGUGGGUAGUAAUUGGCCCAAGCCCCACUAUACUUUGCUGAUCACCGGCCUGUGCCGUUUCCAGAUCGUACAGGUCUUGAAAGAGAAGCCAUAUCCUGUUGCUGAAGUGGAGCAGUUGGACCGACUGGAGGACUUCCCCAGCGCCUCAAAAACGAAGGAGGAACUCGGGGAGCUCUCAGAGCAGUUUUACAAAUACGCUGUCCAAUUGGUUGAAAUGUUGGACAUGUCUGUCCCUGCUGUUGCUAAAUUGAGAAGUCUUUUAGAUAGCCUUCCAAGGGAAGCGUUACCAGAUAUUCUGACAUCAAUUAUCCGAACAAGCAACAAGGAGAAGCUCCAGAUUUUAGACGCUGUGAGCCUAGAGGAGCGCUUCAAGGUGACUAUCCCACUACUUGUCAGACAAAUCGAAGGUCUGAAAUUGCUUCAGAAAACCAGGAAACACAAGCAAGAUGAUGAUAAGCGGGUCAUAGCAAUACGGCCCAUCAGAAGGAUUACACACAUGCCAGGCACUCUGGAAGACGAGGAUGAAGAAGAAGAUAAUGAUGAUAUUGUCUUGCUAGAAAAAAAAAUACGAACAUCGAGUAUGCCAGAGCAAGCACAUAAAGUCUGCGUCAAAGAGAUCAGACGUCUCAAAAAAAUGCCUCAGUCAAUGCCAGAAUAUGCUCUUACAAGGAAUUACUUGGAACUUAUGGUGGAACUUCCUUGGAACAAAAGUACAACUGAUCGUCUGGAUAUUCGGGCUGCCCGAGUUCUUCUGGAUAAUGACCACUAUGCUAUGGAAAAGUUGAAGAAAAGAGUGCUGGAAUAUUUGGCUGUCAGACAGCUGAAGAACAACCUGAAGGGCCCGAUCCUGUGUUUCGUUGGUCCUCCCGGAGUUGGGAAAACAAGUGUAGGAAGAUCGGUGGCUAAGACCCUAGGUCGAGAGUUCCACAGGAUUGCGCUGGGUGGAGUGUGCGAUCAGUCUGAUAUCCGAGGACACAGGCGCACCUAUGUUGGCAGUAUGCCUGGCCGUAUAAUCAAUGGUUUGAAGACUGUUGGAGUUAACAAUCCUGUGUUCUUACUAGAUGAGGUUGACAAAUUGGGAAAAAGUUUACAGGGUGAUCCUGCAUCAGCCCUCCUUGAGGUAUUGGAUCCUGAACAAAACCAUAACUUCACAGAUCAUUAUUUGAAUGUGGCCUUUGACCUGUCCCAAGUUCUUUUUAUAGCUACUGCUAACACCACUGCCACUAUUCCACCUGCCUUGUUAGACAGAAUGGAGAUCAUUCAAGUUCCAGGUUACACGCAGGAGGAGAAGAUCGAGAUUGCCCACAGGCACUUGAUCCCAAAGCAACUGGAACAGCACGGACUGACACCUCAGCAGAUCCAGAUUCCUCAGGUUACUACCCUGGACAUCAUUACCAGGUAUACCAGAGAGGCAGGGGUCCGUUCUCUGGACAGGAAGUUUGGAGCCAUUUGCCGAGCUGUUGCUGUAAAGGUGGCAGAAGGACAGCAUAAGGAAGCCAAGUUGGACCGUUCUGAUGUGACUGACGGAGAAGGUUGCAGAGAAGAUGUCUUAGAAGAUGCAAAACUUGAAUCUGUCAGUGACCCAGCCGACUUGGCUCUACCACCUGAAAUGCCAAUUUUGAUUGAUUUCCAUGCUCUGAAAGACAUCCUUGGGCCCCCCAUGUAUGAAAUGGAGGUAUCUGAGCGUUUGAGUCAGCCAGGAGUGGCAAUAGGUUUGGCUUGGACUCCGUUAGGUGGAGAAAUCAUGUUUGUGGAGGCAAGCCGCAUGGACGGCGAAGGUCAGUUAACUCUGACUGGCCAACUUGGGGAUGUCAUGAAGGAAUCUGCCCAUCUUGCAAUUAGCUGGCUCCGCAGCAACGCAAAGAAGUAUCAUCUGACAAAUGCUUCUGGAAGUUUUGAUCUUCUUGACAACACAGACAUCCAUCUGCACUUCCCAGCUGGAGCUGUCACAAAAGAUGGACCAUCUGCUGGAGUUACCAUAGUAACCUGUCUCGCCUCACUUUUUAGUGGGCGGUUGGUGCGUUCAGAUGUAGCCAUGACUGGAGAAAUUACACUGAGAGGCCUUGUCCUUCCAGUGGGUGGAAUCAAAGACAAAGUGCUGGCAGCGCACAGAGCGGGACUGAAGCAGAUCAUCCUUCCUAAGAGGAAUGAGAAGGACCUUGAAGAAAUCCCAGUAAACGUACGGCAGGAUUUACAUUUCGUCACAGCAGGCUGCCUCGAUGAAGUCCUUAAUGCCGCUUUUGAUGGCGGCUUUACUGUAAAGGCCAGACCUGGUCUCUUAAAUAGUAAAUUAUAG